GGGAUGCUUUUGCUUCGUGGCGUGCAGCAGGAGGUCGGCAGUAGCGUGCCGCUAACAGAUCUCAUCGCUCGCCACCUGGGAAUAAAAGCGUCAGAGUGAGCGCAAGAGAGGUCUGCCUGUGCCUGGCCAUCUAUCUAUGGUCUGCUUGACGCAUAGGAUCCUCGAGCGUCUUGUUUUGCGCAAGUCCGUCAACGUCAUCGAGAAAAGGAGCGUCCGAUUCGCUUACAACGUGGCACUCAGGCUCUCAUCUGAAGCACACGAACGGUGCGCGUCUUUCCCUGCAAUUAACCACAACGACAAUUUGUGCAGGUGAUUGUUUUGUUGGAAUGCAGAGCCAUCGUGAAGCGGUGGCGGCACUUUCACGCAUUGCAGAAGCUGCAUCAAGGCGGUGCCAGACGGCCAGAGAGGACGAUCGGCCCUGCUGCUGCUGCUGCUGAAGCCACCAAUGGCCUCAACUGGAGCAGCGUGGCAGCAGAUCUUGCCACCCCCUCCCCUCCCCCCUUCUCGCCAAGACGACGGAACAAGGUGGAAAGCAGCUCACCCGAUGCCAUCACGGUGCAUGAGGUCGACCUCUACGAGGCAUCCGAGCCCUUCAGCCCUUUCAUCUCACCGCCCCUUCCGGCCGCCAUCGCGGCACGCUCACUCCGUCCCCUGAUCAUCGGUAGUGGCCCAGCUGGCCUCUUUUGCGCAUAUGUGUUGGCUAAGAAUGGUUUGCGGCCAGUGGUGAUCGAUCAGGGGUCUGAGUGCAGCAAGCGGAGGAAGGAUGUCUUCGCCUUCUGGCAUGGAAACCGGCUCAACUGUUGGUCCAAUGCGGCGUUUGGCGAGGGCGGGGCUGGGACGUUCAGCGAUGGCAAGCUGACCUCAAGAAAUCGAAGCGACGUCACGGACUUCGUACUGAGGACGUGAGCACAUUGUCAGCUGUGGCCGGCCAUGUUUGUGGGCGUUGCAUUGUCUGCUGUGCUGUGCUGGUUUGAUCGCGUGGCGUGCAGGUACGUCGAGUUGGGUUGUGCCGAGAGCUGUCUAUACGAGAGCAAGGCUCACGUGGGCACCGACGUGCUGUACAAUGUUGUGCCGGAGUUCAGGAAACGCCUCCAACAGCUUGGUGUGACAUUUCUCUUCGACACCCAGGUCACACAGCUGCACAUUCAGCCAUCAGCCCCCACCUUCCGCCCUUCCCACAGCGGUGGUCACUCUCAGCCAGCCCCCUCCUACUUGCCGGCCGCAUUUUCGCCGCUUCGGGAUGCCGGUGUGAUUGCCGCUGCCCCAGAUCACGAGGUCUCACAAUGCUCUGACUCAUCACGAUCGCCGCGGCACUUUACUGGUGUGCGAGUGCGGUGGAGGCGGGAUGGCAGCGACGGGGGAAGGAGAGAUGGUGACGGUCUGACGAGUGAGGCUGUGUACGGGGAGUGCGACAUUGUGAGUGACCUGUGCGUGGUGGCCUGUGGCCAUUCCUCCCACUCGACCUAUCGGACGCUGCACGAGGGAGGGGUGAAGAUGACGCCCAAGGUGACCGACUGACCAAUGGACAGAACGGAGAGACACCCAUCCAUCGUCAUAAUGUGUUGACGUGUGCUGUGCGUUAGGAUUGGACGAUGGGACUCCGCUUGCAAAUGCCUCAGUCGACGCUCAACAGAGUGGUGUAUGGCAAGCACGCUGACGUGCCUGAAAUCGGGGCGGCAGUGUGGCGAUACGCCAGGGCACACCCGGCUGAUGGGCGAGGCGUCUACUCGUUCUGCAUGUGCCCGGGUGGUACCAUCGUCAACUCGAGUCACGGUGACGGCUGUGUGGCCGUCAACGGCAUGUCCUAUUCGACCCGCUCGUCAAGCUACGCCAACUCAGCUGUGGUCGUCCAGACCAAGACACACGAUGUCGCAAGGUACACAGCCACCUGUGAGACUCAAUGGCUGCACAUCAACGCGUGUGCGCGCCGUGUAUGCCUGAAGGUACUGGGGCAAGAGUGAAGACGAGUGCAGUGGGAUGGACGCCCUCGCGUACCAGCAGCACUGGGAAAGGGCCGCUUUUCAUGCGGGCGGCAGCGACUACUCCAUCCCGGCUCAGAGGCUCGGCGACUACCUCAGCGGAAAUCCAUCCAAAGGCCUCCCCAAGUGAGCCAGACACACCCAGACACCCCGCACACACAACCCCCCCACACACACCGUAUGUGUCUGUUUGGUUUGUGAUCUUCACCCAGAGGUCUUGUGUUCGGGCAGUGCACGCCAACCGACCUGAACGGGUGUCUGCCCGACUUCAUCACGACAGCGCUGCACCAUGCCCUCAGGGGGCUGCUGCGGUCACACAGCAGGGACGGCCUCUUUGCCGACGACACUUUGCUCACCGGUAUCGAAAGCCGCACAUCGGCGCCUCUCCGUGUCCUUCGGCACGGCACAUCGUUUGAGAGCUGCAACACACAGGGACUCUUUCCAUGCGGUAAGCGAGGUUGAGGUUGAGAGAACAAGGGCGUGUGUCAUGUGUGUGUACGAUGGUCAGGUGAGGGAGCUGGGUACUCUGGGGGCAUUGUGUCGAGUGCAGUGGAUGGCGUCAACACGGCAAUGGCCCUGCUCAAGACAUUGGUGCAGAGAAGGGCCCUCGAUGGCUGAACCAACGAAGGAACGAAGGAGUGUGUGGGUGUGUGUGGGUGCGAGGUGAGGCGACGUGAGAUGAGAUGAGAUGAGAUGAGAUGGGCG